AUGUUCCAACUCUACCUCGUCACCUUCAACUGCGCGCGAGAACUUGUCGAUCCGCAGUCACUUGCUCCUUGCUUCUUCGAUGCCUUGCCGAAAGAAGCACCCGUGCCAGAUCUCAUCGCCAUAUCGCUGCAGGAAAUCGCACCCAUCGCCUAUUCUUUUCUCGGAGGCUCCUACCUCAAACCAUACUUUGAUCGGCUCACCACCGUCGUUCAGCUCGCAGCAAAUCUCCGAAGUCAUGGGGAGCUCGUGCAUGUCGCGACACGCAGUCUGGGCAUGACUGGCCUCAUGAUCUUUGCGACUGCCAAAUUCGCACAAAGGAUCAAGCAUAUCCAGUCCGCAGGUGCGGGCGUUGGUUUCUCCAACAUGGGCAACAAAGGCGCGGUUGCCAUGCGUUUGGGCAUAUCCUGCCCAGGCUCACAGACGACGCUCGAGCUAACGUUCAGUGCGGCUCAUCUUGCCCCCAUGGAGAGCAACAUAGAAGCCAGGAACAAAGACUGGGAGAUUCUUGUCCGAAACCUCGUAUUUAUCAACGGUGAUGAUUCCCCAUACAGCUUCGCCAGAGAGGAGAAAGUUUGUGAUGCCCCAGAGGAAUUGCCCGCAGAUCACAAUGGCCUCUUCACCACUGGAAAUCAUGUCUUCUUCUACGGUGAUUUGAAUUAUCGAACACAUGAUUCGCCGCCAGACGAGGAAGCUUACAAACUCUUUCCUCAGCGAACAGCCUCAGAAUCUUCAGAGGCGCACUUCUCACAUCUAUUGAAGCAUGAUCAACUCACUCGAGAAAAGGCAGCUAAGCGGACAUUGCAUUACUUUGAAGAGCUUCCCAUCAACUUCCCACCAACAUACAAAUAUGCCAUGUCCAAGGGACAGAACUUGAGCGUCCCAAAGCGCACACUUGCGGUCGACGAUGAAGACUGGCAAUGGUCUAAGCACAGAUAUCCUUCCUGGUGCGAUCGUAUUCUUUAUCUACCAUCCCACUCUUCUUCUGGAUUGGAACCACAGAUAUACACUGCUCUUCCAGUUCAGCCGACCUCUGAUCAUCGGCCUGUAGCGCUGUCGUUACGAGUUGACGACAAACCACUCGCAGCAUACGAAAGCGAUGCUCCUUGGCAGCCUCCUUUUCCCAUCAAUCCACAAUGGAAAGAUCGCCGGGACGCCGCUCGUCGAUGGGAGAUCAUAGUAGGUGUCUUGUCAUAUCUGACCUUGACUGGCAAGGGCAACGCCAUACUAGUCACGCUUUUAGGUGCUCUUGCUGGCAGCCUCUGGUUGGCAGGUCGCUUCGCCAGAUAA